GUCUCCGUCUCCGUCUCUGUCGCAGUUGUAGGUUCGUUACAAAUCGAUUUCGAUAAGUUUGUCAGUGUUUGUCGGGAAAAAGCAACGCACAGUUCAGAUUCAGACGUUAGCAGUCGCUGUUCGCGAACGGUUGUGUGUAUCCGAAAGAGUACGAGUUUUUUUGGGCGCGCAGAAGAAAGUCGCGCUAACGGUAACAUCGCUCUUCGGUGCUUCUCGCCAGUCAGCAAGCAAGUGAGCAAGUGCGAGGGAGGCGAGAUGCGAUAAACACAGCAGCCCUCUGCCUGCUGCUGCUGCUGCCACUCCUGUUGUUGUUGUUAUUAUUGUUAUUGUUAUUGUGUGUGUUGUUUGCUGAACAAAUAACGGAAAAACUAAUAUGUACAAGGAGAAACGGCUUUGUUACAGUUUCGAAACUGAAAUGCCAAAGUACAACCACAAAUUGUGCAUUUAAAUGUGUUAAGUGAAAAUGUCGGAAUGUGAAUAAAUGACCGAAAAUCAGAACAUCAAAUGUUAAUUUGAGUGCAUUUCGCGAACACAAACAAAAAGAAAACAAAAACCAAAACAAAAAGGAAGCAAGGAACAAAGCAACAAAAGGAGUACAACUCAAAAAGCUAAUUAAAAGCGAGUGACUGCCAAACAAAAGCUCAGCGCUACACAACCCACCAAGUUAACAGAGUGAAAAAGAGGCAGACAGACAGAAAGAGAGAGAGAGAGAGGGAGAGGGAGAGUUUUGCUUGGAACAGCAAAUGAACUUCAAUCCAGAGAGCUUUGUAGCCGGAGCAGCUGCAACCGUCCAAAACUCGCCUCAUUUUCAUCAUCAGCAUCAUCAUUACCAACAGCAUCAGCAUCGGGACCAGGCACACAUUAUACCAUUGCCGAGCUACACUAGCCACUCGGCUAUUGGCCUGGCCAUCGGGUCUGGCGGCGGUAGCAGCAGUGACGGCGGAGAUAGCUCAACUAAAAUCAUGGAAUGGACCAACGACGAUGCGCUAGAGCUAAUCGAACAGUAUCGCUGCCACACAGAGCUGUGGAAUCGUGCCGAUCCCAAGUACAAGGACAAGUUGUGCCGCUUUCGGGCGUGGUCAGAGAUAGCGGAUCGCUUUGGCUGCAGCAAGGCCGAGGUGGAGCGCAAGAUGAAUGUCCUGCUCACACAGUACAGGCGCGAGAAGCACAAGAUGUUUGUGAAAAUAUAUCAGGGCAUCCAGCCGAAUCCGUCCAAGUGGUAUGCCUUCAAGCGAUUCGACUUUAUGGAAGCCGGCGGUGGCAGUCUGAGCGGACUGCCCGGCAGUGCCACAGUUGCCGCACUCGCCACCUCCUCAUCCGCAUCCGCCUCCUCGUCGGGCAGCACAACCCACAACGGCCUCAAUGGACUGGCGGCUGCUGCAGCCGUUGCAGCGGCGGCAUACGAGAGCAGCACUAUUGCGGCGGCGGCGGCAGCAAAUGGCGGUGCGACCGGCGUUGCCAUUGGGUGUGCGACAGCAGCAGCGUCAACAACGACAACAACAACAACAAUUGGAGCAGCAACGCCCGCAUCGCAGCACAGACGCAUCAAAACCAAAGAGCUGAAAUAUUUUGGAGCGAUGGGCCUCAACAUACCCCUGCUGAUAGCGAGUAGUCAAACGCAGCUGGACAGCUGGAACACAUCGGGUCAAUUCUCGCCGCCCAACAUUCGAGCGUUAGGCGAUGGAGGCGGCGCACUACCCAAUCCCCAGCAGCAACAACAGCAACAACACCAACAACAGCAGCAGCAGCAGCAGCAGCAACAACAACAGUUGCGCGUCUCACUGCCAAUGUCGUACGCUGGUGGCGUGAGCAGCACAGCCUACACUUGCAUCGGUGGCGGUGGCAGCAGCAGCAGCGAUUUCCAGCCCAGUCCGCACAAGACGAUCGACACGUCGGACAACGAGGACAACAACAAUAUGAGGGACGAGGCGACGGCAGCAGCACUCGGCCAGCUGGCAGCCAAAGUGGAACGACGCUCGCCGCACUCCGCCAAUGCCAAUGCGAAUCCCUGCAGCGGUGGCCUGGAAGGCGGCGGCAUCAGUAAUCCACACGAGCCGAUGGUCGAUGCGAUGAGCAGUGAGCCCACAGCUGCUGUGGGCGUGGCGCUGAGCGAGACCGGCUCCAGUCCCAUACCCAACACGAAUAUGCACGAGGCGCAUAAGAAUCAUCUGCUGCAAUCGAGUCCGGCGGCGGCACGUGCAACGACGCCGCGGCAUGCGCACGAGCAGCUCCAGCUGCACCAUGGCCAGCAUCAUCAUCCGCAUCAGCAUCAACAUCAGCAUCCGCAUCAACAGCAGCAGCAGCAGCAGCAGCAGCAGCAACAUCAUCAUCCGGAUGAGCUGGACAUUAAGCAGGAGCUGGUCGAAUACUUUAAUGCAGCACCGCCGCCGCCGCCGCCGGAGUCGCAUCGUUCCUACAGUUCGGCCGGCGAGGAGAGUCGCCUGCAUACGGAUAUGGCGCAGGAUCUGCGCGUCGCCCAGGCCAAGGCGCAGGCGAAUUUUGUUGGCGCCUUCGUACUGCCACCGCGCAGCAGCAGCGCCAAAUUGGCAGCCGCAGCAGCAGCAGCAGCCGCCGCCUCCAUGCCACUAAAUAUGCGCAAAUUGACGGCAGCCUCGAGCGCGGCGGGCCACAUGCUCAUGAACUCAUUGCUCAGCUCCAGGGAGAGCAUGUCCGAUGCGGAUGGCGAUGUCGAUAACGAUGAGGCCACCGAAUCGGCACCCAGUCCCGGCCACAUCAAGAGCAGCGCCUCCGCCCAAGAUGCCAGCUCAGCGGCGGCGGCAGCAGCCGCACUCUACGCGGAGAGUCUCAGUCGGGACGAUUGCGACUUCAUCGGAUCGAAUGUGUCGAUGAAGCUGCGCACAAUGGAUCGGACGCAGCGCAUCAUUGCCGAGAAGCUGAUCGGCGAGGUGCUCUACUUUGGCCAGCUCAACGAACUGGAGCGAACCGCCUGCAUCCAGCCCAAGUGACACUGGCUGACGCUCUCGCGGAGUGGACGACGCGUAGUCUAGGCUUAGAUUUAAAUAUAUAUUGGGGUAAGGGUAUCCGCAACAGCGAAGGGACUGCAGUUGGGACUGCAGUUGGGGACUGGGAGUCGGCUUGCUGCAACAUGGCAAAUAAAAACAAAACUGUAAACGUAAUUCCAACUCUAAACUAGCCACACGAAAACUAAAAAAAAAAAAACAGAACAAAGCAAAGCAAAACUUAAAGUUGAAAUAUCCUUGCAGAAGUCAGCUGUAAAUGAGAAUUAAUUCUUAAAAAAAGCAGAAUUUCAUUUGACAUCUUAAAAAAUGAAAUGCAAUUAAAUUAAACUAAAUUAAAUUAAACUGUUCUCUGCAAGGGUAUCGCGGAAAACAGAAAACGGAGAAAAACAGUACAAUUUACUUUUAGUUCGAACAGGGUACAAAGCACAUUUGGGGGCAGCGUUACUUAGAAUGAAGAGCAUGCAACAAGCAACAUGCGACAUGCGACAUGAGACAAGCAACAACUACAAGGAUGUCAAGGCAGCAAGUGUCCUUGCCGAAACAGUUACUAAUUUUGUGAGAGAAAAAAUGUUCAUUCAACAACAAUAGCACCACAACUAACUGACAGAAUCUCAGUAUUACUUACAAAAAUACAUAAAUGUAUCUAGAUAGAUACUAAUGUAUACCACCUACAAGAAAUAUACAUACAUACAUACAUACAUACAUACAUAUAUACAUAGAAAAGCUACUCUACUUGCAGGAAAAGCAUUUGCCAUGUUGGGUUAGAGGAUUAGAGGGGAGUGGGUGGGGUUUUCGAGGGGGGUGGGUGGGGCCCAUUAUUAACACACACACACAUCCGGCCAUAUUGACUAGGCUCAAAAGAAUAACAAAAAACGCGGCUUGUGGGCACAGCUAAUAAGAAGUUCAACUAUUUAAUUAAAGUCCACGUUAGCAAAAAGACAAACAAACAAAAAAAGAAAAACAAAAAGAAAACUAUAAAUAAAAAGAAUCCCUUGAUGGGAAAGUGCUGAAUUUGGUAGAUCCAUAAGCUCGCCGUGUAAAGGGUUCCAGGGGUUAAAUCAUUGCACUUUUGUAUAUAAACACCUAAAUAUAUAUAUAAAUAUAUC